GCAAAACAAUCUUAGGAAUAGAAAGGAACUGGGUGCUCUAAUUCUUAGUAAAUUUAUGGUAUUUUUGACAGUCUAUAUGGUUCUGCGAGGAACAGAUAGGUUAAAAGACAAUACUGGCAUCCUCGUCAGACUCUGAAAACGGUGGAUUGUCGCCCCCACCGCGUAAAAAACAGCGAAUUGCUGAGAAUAUGCAGUCGAACGGCUGUCCACAACACAAUGGAACAAGUGGUGAACCUGCAUCGACAUCUCAACAAAACGGAGCUUGUCUGACAGUAUCAAACGGAGAACAUAACGACAAUCCUUCACAUACAAACCCCAUGUCUCAAACUGACCAAGACAUUGUUAGAUUAAUCGCUCAACAUUUGAGAGGACUUGGAUUGGACCAAACAGCUGAACAAUUGAUCAAAGAAUCAGGAUGUAUGUUGGAGCAUCCAGCUGCUGCCAGACUCCGGUCUCAUGUCAUGGAUGGUGAAUGGGUUAAGGCUGAAUCUGACCUGGAGGACUUGAAAUCUCUGAUAGAAUCUUCACAUGGACUUAUUAAAAUGAAGUUCAUGAUACUAGAACAAAAGUAUUUGGAGCUUCUAGAAGAUGGACGUGAGAUGGAGGCUCUACAUUGUCUCAGACAUGAACUGACACCCAUGAAAUACAACACAGAAAGAGUUCAUGAACUUAGCUCAUAUAUGAUGUGUUGUAAUGCUGAAGAUUUACGGAAGACUGCCAAUUGGACUGGUAAAGGAAUAGAUUCUAGAUCUUUGUUGAUAGAAAGAUUACAAUCCUUCUUACCACCAACAGUGAUGUUGCCACCUCGACGGUUGCUGACAUUACUAAACCAGGCGGUAGAGCUACAGAAAGAUAAAUGUCCAUAUCACAAUACCAAGAUUGACAACAAUCUGGACGCUGUAUCAUUGCUCAUUGACCAUGUUUGUAGCAGAGAACAGUUUCCGUCCACCACAAUACAGAUAUUAACAGACCACUGUGAUGAAGUUUGGUUCUGUCGUUUCUCACCAGAUGGCACCAAAUUAGCCACAGGAUCAAAAGAUGGUUCCUUGAUCAUAUGGGAGAUAGACAUGGUGACAUAUGAACUUAAACACAGACGAUCAUUUGAGAAUCAUGCUUAUGGUGUUUCAUUCAUUGCCUGGAGUCCUGAUAGUACACAUAUAGUGGCAUGUGGCCCUGACGACUGCUCAGAUCUCUGGAUGUGGAAUAUAGAGACUGGAACUUUACGCUUUAAAAUGAGUCAGUCUCAAGAAGAUAGUUUAACUACUGCAGCAUGGCAUGCUGAUGGGAAAAAGUUUGUGACAGGUGGAAUUAGAGGACAGUUUUAUCAAUGUGAUUUAGAUGGAAACAUUAUGGAUUCCUGGGAGGGUGUACGUGUACAAAGUAUGGCGUUUCAGGUGGAUGGGAAAUAUGUAUUAGCUGCUGAUACCCACCAUAGAAUUAGGGGAUAUAACUUUGAUGAGUUAACAGACUUUAACAUAAUUCAGGAAGAUCAGCCAAUCAUGUCUUUCACAUUAAAUGAAUCAGGACGAUUAGCUCUGUUAAAUGUAGCAACCCAGGGUGUUCAUUUAUGGGAUAUUAAGGAUAAACUUUUAUUAAGAAAAUUCCAAGGAGUGACACAAGGAUUUUAUACAAUACAUUCCUGCUUUGGAGGAUUAAAUCAAGAUUUCGUAGCUAGUGGAAGUGAAGAUCAUAAAGUUUACAUUUGGCAUUUAAGACGUGAAAUGCCUAUAUCUGCAUUAGAAGGACAUUCACGAACUGUUAAUUGUGUUCAUUGGAAUUCUAAACUUCCAGGAAUGCUAGCUAGUGCUUCAGAUGAUGGAACUGUAAGGAUAUGGGGACCUAUGGAUAAACUUAAAACCAGUAAUGGCUGUGAAGAAUCAGGAAGAAGUACACCUGUAUAACAGUACAUCAUCUGUAGUUUUAGCAGCAAAUUACCUCUGUGAUCUCAUCUGCCAUAACUCAUUUAGGAACAACAACAAAUCAACUGUGUCAUUUAUAACAUCUACACUAGGAAAAACUUAUCAAUUGUGUCUUAUGUAACAUCUACACCAGGAACAACAACAAAUCAGCUGUGUCAUUAACAACAUCUAUACCAGGAACAACAACAAAUCAACUUUGUCAUGUAUAAAAUCUACAUCAGUAGCAACAAAUCAACUGUGUCAUUUACAACAUCUACUCCAGGAACAACAAAUCAAUUGUGUCUUAUAAAACAUCUACACCAGGAACGACAAAUCAAUUGUGUCAUGUAUAAAAUCUACACCAGUAGCAACAACUAAUCAUUUGUGUCAUUUACAACAUCUACACCAGGAAUGAAAAAUCUUUUGUGUCAUAUAUAUCAACUACACCGGUAAUAACAACAUCAAUCGUGUCAAUUUCAACAUCUAAACUUGUGACAACAACAUAUCAACUACAUAUAAACAUUCUACAGCUGUGUCACAUGGAACAAUCUUAUAAACAAUCUUAUUACUUGGCAGUUUUGUCUGUUUUUGGAAACUUGCAAAAGCUAGGGUGUUGACUCUGGCAAAGCUUAUCUUAGACAAGUUUUGUUCUAAUUUUAUUCCUAUAGCUCCCUAUUUAAAGUAAAAUCUUUCACAUAUCAUACCCCUUUUAAUGUCUUCAAUCCUCCAGAAAUGGUAUUCACAAAAAUGAAUGAAACUACGGUACAUUGUCAUGAUUGUGAUAUUUCAUAUCAAAGUAAAGUUUGUUUUAACAUGUUACUUAGUAACUGCUGAGGUGAAGUCACAAGUAUAAUAUAGAUUAUGAAAUAAGGUCUAAUAUCUUUCAGAUGUUAUAUGAUUACUUGUAUGACUGAGUAAGAGAGUUCAAUAUGCGUACUUCAACCUUGACCUCAAAGACUUACAUAUAUUUGUGUCAGAAUUACUCUAAUUUAACAUAUAAUGUGUUUUCUUUUGUUAAUUAUUAGUACUGUUUCAAGCAAAGUUGCAUUUGAGUUAAAAAGGGUCAAAUUAAAAAGUUUAUAGAUAUGUUGUAUGAUGUUAAUGUUAUGUUUCUAAUAUUGUUUACUUUCAAUUCUAACAUUGUUUACUUUCAAUUCUAACAUCAUUGACCUUCACUUCUAAUAUUGUUGACCUUCAACUUGUUAUAGAGAAAUUAAUUCAGAAAUCUAUUUGAACUGUUGCUGUGUAUGUCCUGUGUUAAACCAGAGAUAGUAAAAUCAUUCGUUUCAAAUUUAUUUGUAUGAAGAUUGAAACAUUUCACUACAUCAUUUUUAUGCCCCCUGCCUUAGCGAGGGGAGCAUUAAGUUUUACCCUUGUCUGUAUGUACAUCUGUCUGUACGUCCUGAAAUUGGUUUCCGUUCUCUAACUUAAGUUUGCCUCAACCAAAUGUUAUGAAACUGAAACACAAUGCUUAUUACCACAAAACACAGAUCAAGUUUGAAUUUCAGUGGCGUCACUUUUACCGUCCUAGAGUUGUGCCCUUUCACAAAUGGAAAAAUUGCUGAAUUUUUUGUUUCCGUUCUCUAACUUAAGUUUGCCUCUACCAAAUGUCAUGAAACUUAUACACAAUGCUUAUUACCACAAAACUCAGAUCAAUUGCGAAUUUGGGUAGCAUCACUUUUACCGUUCUUGAGUUAUGUCCCUUUAUAACAUAUGCAAUAGGUGGCAUCAUCUGUGUCCCAUGGACACAUUCCCCCAUAUAUUUUGAAAGUGUAGCUUUGCAUUGAACUUUCGGGUAUGAAAUCAUCAAAGUAUGAUAUUAUAUUUCUAUUAAUGUUAUGAAAGUGAGAAACCUUUUUUUGUUAAAUAUCUACCCUACCACAGGUUAUAAAUUUGAAGACCAACAUUUGAAAAAUCCUACUAUUCAAUGUAAUUUACUUCCUCAACAAAUUGUGCCAAAUUUUUUAAACCAGCUGAAUGUACAGUUUAAGUGAAAUCUCAAAAUGAUAUUCUUUGAUUUGUUUGUUUGCAUAAAGUUGUAUUAAUGUAGAUGGGAAUUUUAAAGACAAAAUACUGACAAGUACAUGCAUUAUUGUUAAAGGCCAAGGCCUGGUUUGUUAUUGAAAUAAAUGUAAGUGUUCAGAAUACAGAUUUUUAUUAAAUUGAUUUGUAUUUUAUCAUAUCAAAUAUGAACUUAAGUUACUUAGCUGCAAGACAUAUAGUAUGAAUAAGAAUAUGUUUAUAGGUUGAUGGGUACUGUUUAUUUAAAGAAUUCAGGUUACCUUAAAUUCAGAAAUUAUCGAGAUGUUUUUAUUUAUGACAGAAAAUGUGACAGUAUCAGGUUCUCAAUAAUAAAAACUGGCAUUCACAAUUUCAGUGUUGAUUUCUCUUCAUAAAAUUUUUGCAAUCGCAUAAAUUAGCUUUUGCAUAUUUGCCAAUGGUCAAGGAUUCGCAAUAAUAAAUGCAUGCAUUAAUUUCUGAAUUUAGAGUAAUUUCAGAUGGUGUAACUAAAUCAGCUAAGAUUGACCCUGCUUGUUGCUUUCCAUCUACAUUUGAUCUCGUUUUCACAAUUUUCGAAAUAAUAAAAACAUCACAAAAUUUUCUGAAUUUACAGUAACAUGUUAUACUCCUUCUCCCCCACAUAAUUUACAUUCAGUAUUUUCAAAUGUUAUGUUUUUGAAUUAUUUUAACUCAUUGUUAACUUUAGGCAAUCCCUUGCCACAUAGGGCUGUACCGUUACAUUGUACUACCGCUUUACAAUUACCUUAACUCAAGUCUUACCUUGCCUUACCUUAACCUUACACCUAACCCUGACCUAAAUCUAUAGCAAUGUUGUCAUUCGUGACAGUAUCAGGUUCGCAAUAAUAAAAACUUGUAUUCAUAAUUUCAGUAGUGAUUUCCUUUAUGAAUUUUUUGAAAUCACUUGAAUUAGAUUUCACAUUUUUGCCAGAGAUCAAAGAUUCACAGUACGGUAAUAAAUGCACACAUUUCUGAAUUUACAGUAUGGUUAUAACUGACCAUUUCUUACCCUCACAAAAGCUUUUAAAAUGGGAUCAAGUUUUAGAAGCUCUGUAUUUUUUACCCCUUUCAUUUAUGACUUUAAAAUUUAAAAUAGUGUCUAAGCACAUGUGAAAAGUAAAAAGAAAUAGCAGAUAAAUGCAUUUUAUUC